GUGAUUGUUUGCCUUUUAUUGAUCCGUGCAGAGAGGUCAGGGUUUAUCCAUUUUUUAUUUACAGUAUUCCCCACAUCACUGCUGUGAGGCAAUGGGAGGGUGAAACUGAAGCAGCACUUUUUUGUGUUGGUAAUUGAUUCCAUAUUAGCCUAGCCUAGCCUCAGAGCACUCGGAGAGAUAUCACUGUUGCGCUUUCUCCAGCGUGGGCUGCAGCUACAGGAGCGCAGUAAACUCCAGUGAUCACAGUGGGACAGGAGACUACACACAGCAGCCUCACCUCAGAGCAGGAGCAGGGACCGGGAGGACACACCAACCAUGACAGCCACAAAGCCUCGGAGCAUGCUGCGGGAAGCCUCCCAUCAGAUUAUAGCCGGCGGAUCAGCAGGUCUGGUAGAGAUCUGCUUGAUGCAUCCCCUCGAUGUAGUGAAGACAAGGUUCCAGAUCCAAAGGGGAACCAGUGACCCCACAAGCUACAAGAGCCUGGGUGAUUGCUUCCGGACCAUCUUCCGCAAUGAAGGAGUCUUUGGCUUCUAUAAAGGGAUCCUGCCUCCAAUCCUGGCGGAGACACCAAAGAGAGCAGUUAAGUUUUUCACCUUUGAGCAGUACAAGAAGUUGCUGAAUUUGACCCCUUUGUCUCCUGGUGUGGCGCUGUCUGUAGCAGGGCUCGGCGCAGGCUUGACUGAGGCUGUUGUCGUCAAUCCAUUUGAGGUGGUGAAAGUCAGUCUCCAGGCCAACCGCGACGCCUUCAAACAGCAACCGUCUUCAUUCGCUCAAGCAAGGCACAUAAUUAAUGCAAACGGAUUUGGGCUGAAUGGCCUGAAUAAAGGACUAACAUCGACACUGGGACGCCACGGAGUUUUCAACAUGAUCUACUUUGGCUUCUACUUCAACGUCAAGGAUGCUAUUCCCACCAACCCGGACCCCACCCUGGAGUUCCUGAGGAAGUUUGCCAUUGGCCUGGUGUCGGGGACCAUCUCCUCCUGCGUUAACAUUCCCUUCGACGUAGCCAAGAGCCGCAUCCAAGGCCCCCAGCCUGUGCCCGGAGAGAUCAAGUACCGCACCUGCUUCCAGACCAUGGCGCUGGUGUACCGGGAGGAGGGGUACUUGGCCCUGUACAAGGGGUUGGUGCCCAAGAUAAUGAGGCUUGGACCAGGUGGAGCAGUGAUGCUGCUGGUCUAUGAAUAUGUGUCUGGAUGGCUGCAGAGGAACUGGUAACAAAAAACAGCACAGAAAGGGAACCCAAGAGAGUGCCUUAUGGAUCGUAUCACAAUGCUGUUUCCGUUAACUGACUCCAGUGACGUCAGAUCAAAUUAGUUUUUAGUUUGUUUCUUGUUUUGUUUUUUAACUUGAAGACACAAUAAUCAUCUGCAAAAUACCAAGUCAGCAUUACAAUAAAACUUAGAAUGCAAACUUUCUAGGGACAAACAUCUUUAUCAGAGUUACUUUCUCAGGAAUGAAAACCAGCUGGAAUAUUUGAAAACUGACAAAUUCUUUUCUAAUGGAAAACAUGUUUUUAACAGUGGAUCAGUAGGUUUUAAAGGCCCUGAAAUCCUAUUGGCUCAAUCCACUUCCUACCAUGAGUAAUGAGGUCCUACAUGAACACAAUAUUCUCUGCCAAAGUUACAACAGUUUUUCGUUAUUUCACAUGAGACCUUUAUGCAUUUCAUGCUUUUUUUUUUGCUGCGCUCCUCUCUCUGGUUUACAGUGGGCGGUGCUCAGUUGGGAAAGGUUGUGGGGUUGUUUGCUUAUGUUGCCAGUUCUGUCUGUCAAAUCUGAGCAAACCACACCCUCACAGCCCUGAUGAAGCAAAUAAUGUGAGCUUUUACACGUCUCAUCUUUUAAAGAGUAAUAGCUAAGAAUGUUUUUUCAUGAAGUAGCUUUUUUUAGUCAAGAUACUUAAUGUUAUAGCACUAAAUAUUUGAAACCACGUUUUCAGGGGCUUUAAAGCUGGGUUAGGCAGUUUUCUUGGAAACUUACAUUUCUCCCCCGUCUGUCCUAAACCCCUCCCACCAGACGAGCAUGCGUUUCAUACAGUGACCUAUACGGGUACUACUCAGUCAUUUCAAUCAUCCUGAAUGUGAUUGUGAUCCUGAUAUUGUUGUAUAGCAUCAAUUCUAUGAGAAUCACCGUCCUGUUUUCUUUUCAAUUGUUGGGGCUUGUAAAGCCUUUUGAGAUGACAGUGACUACGUUUACAUGCACAAAAUUUUCCAGUUCUUGCCCUUAUUUUGAAAAAGACAAUAUUCCUAUUAUGCUGUUUACAUGGCUAAUGAAAAUAAUUAUUCCACCAAUAUUCCUGUUUAUAUGCAGCCGUGCAUACUCCGAUUAAUGUGACCUUAACGUGUCGUCAAAAUAUGGAAAGGUGGAUCAGCCAUUUUGCUUCUUUGCAUCAAUGUAGAAUUUUUUCCCUGUGUACAAAGGCUCUGUCCUUACCGCAGCGGCCGCGGCCUCCAUUAAAACCCACAGCCCCCUGCUACAUGCAAUCCCCGACUCUCUCCCUUCACGCCAAAACAGACUGCCCUAUCAAUCAAAGGCAAAAGCCCUAAAAAAAAUAUUCAUGUAAAAAAAACCAAAAAAACAUUCCCUACUUUAACCAUUCAAACGCAGCCUCCCUCUUUCAUUCCUUCAACCACCUUCUUGAAAAGGUCAGCAUUGAGAAACUUUUGCAUAUCCGAAAACCUGUUGAUAUCCAAGUCUUUCAUAAUGUGUGCAUUUCUUCUGGGCAUGCAUCUCUACCUUACGUGUACAAACUGUUGGUUUGUGUGCAACGCACAGAGCUGACUGCUUUGUGUCGCAAACUGUGGUAAAAACCCCAAUUUAGACACAUAUUCUGAAGGCGCUGUAAACAUGUCCAAAGAAUGCUCCUAAAACCGGACUAAUACCAGCAUAUCCCACAAGUCUUAAUUGCAAAGUACUAAAUUUGCAAAAGGGCCUAAUUUGGAAUAUUCAAACAGAAUUUGCUGUCUACAUGACCCAUAUCAAAUUAGGAAUAUUGUCAUAUUUGACAGUGUGCAUGUAAAUGUAAUCAGUGUGAUUUGAGGCUCGAGCUAACGUGACAUUACCAUGAACUUGAAUUAGCCGCAGACGUGAGCCUCUGCCUACUGUUAGCAGAAGGCUAAACUGUUAGUAACAUUUUCUCUCCAUCUCUGAAACACUUAGCUUCUUUCGUUCAUUAGUUCGUUUUAUCAUCAGAGUUUCUUUUAGACUGUUUUUAAUAAGUCCACCUUCCUUUUU